UUGUGGCAUUUUUUUAGCGCGUAAGUCGAAUAAUUCUAGCAUUCUUUCAUAUUCGAUAAACGGUUCAUGAGUAAGGUGUUUUAGAUUUUUUGAGAAAAAAUCUAUCUCGUUUUGAUUUCUAAAAUACAACAACUUCAAAAAAAAAGUAUUGUACAUCGUUGCAGAUACAAUAAACAUAUUUUAAAAUGUCGCAUUUUGAUGAAAGUACGUGUUUAAAUAGCGAUGAUGAGGCAGAGGACGACAUAUCGUCUACGGGUUCAAGCCAAGACUCAACAAUUAAGGAAUCCGACACAGAAGAUGAUUCCAGAGGGUCACGCGUUCGUUUAGCACGUACUCGUCUGAAAAAACGAAAUAAUGUUAUUGAUUCCGAAGAAAGCGAAUCAGAAGAAGCCAGAGCCUUCUCUCCGAGCACUAGAUUAAGCAUCACAGGCAUCAAGCAAGUGGAACGUUCAUCAAGUGCGUCAAGUGAAAUAGAAUAUGAGUAUUCGAAGGAAAUUGUGCAUGGGUCAAAUAGUAGCAAUCAUGAAACGGAAGAUGACGCGGAUGACUCGAUUCCAUUUGCGUAUCAAUCGGGGAUCAAACAAGAAUCUACACCGCAGGCGAAGGAGAAAUUAAAAGAAAGACCAUUUGAAGACAGUGAAGCAGAGGAUGAAGAUGCUGGCUCAGCAAAAUCGCAGAAUUCUCCAUUACAUUUACCGCGAUACAGUUCCCAUUUUGAGACUGAUAUUAAGGAUAAUUUGUCUUCCACCAUGUUCCAGAAAAGUUUCCAGUAUGCUAACAGUAGUGAAAAUUUAGCUGAUGCAGACCAAACAGCUUCAUUAACGGUGGACAGUGACUUGGAAAUUAUAGAAAAUAACGAAACGACAAUAGUUUUAUCAAGUUCCACUGAAGAUAUUGCGAGAAAAUCAGAAAGCUCUUGCGCUUCCAGUAUUGAGAAGAAAACUAUACAACCAAAAUUGCCAACUAUUAUAAAAAAAAUGUCUUCAACUGGAGCUAUACCAAAGCAACAGUCACUGAAUUAUGUUUCUCGGGAUUAUUUUAAUAAAGAGAUUAAAAAACUGGAAGAAUUGAAAUGUGAGAAAGUCAAUGCUGAAAAAUUAUUUGAGCGGAUAGCUAAAAGUUUACCGGAUGGAGGCAAUCAGUUAUCUUUAAGAAUUAACAGUUUAUGCGCGGAUAUAGCUAUCAAAACGAAAUAUAUGGAUUCCUUGAGGAUCGAAGAUAAGCCGCUUAGUAGUCCUCCAUCUCAGCCGCUACAAGGAGAACGAAAAGAAGGUUUCAAUAAAAUAGUUCCUGGUUGGGAUGAGCUCUCCAAUGAUGUAAAUAGUAUACAGCCAAUUCACACGGGCAAAAUAGGCAUGGCCACAUUCGAAAAUCAAAAAACGUUGACUAUUGAGAGCUUGAAAGCUCUUCACAAUUCUUUGGGAAAUUGUCCGACAGCGGACGUAUUGGCCGAUGAUCCGAAAGGCUUAAGAAUUACAUUAAUGCCUCAUCAAAAGCACGCUUUAGCAUGGAUGUAUUGGCGCGAAAAACAAAAACCUAAAGGAGGUAUUUUAGCAGACGACAUGGGCUUAGGCAAAACCCUAACAAUGAUAUCUUUAGUGUUGGCUUGUAAAAAUGGUGACGAAAGCGAACCCCGAGAUGAUGAUAGUGACAGUGGCGAUGAAAACAGUAAUCCUAAAUGGUCUUCAAAGGGAAGAAGAGACUACUACCAAGGCGGAACUUUGGUUAUAUGUCCGGCGAGUUUAUUACGACAAUGGGAAUUUGAAAUAGAAACUAAAGUUUCGCGGCACAAGUUAACAACUUGUGUACAUCAUGGCCAAAAACGUGAUAACAAACCAAAACAUUUGCGUACCUACGAUAUUAUAAUCACUACGUACACCAUUGUAAGUAGAGAACAUAAAGUUGGAGGUGCUUUGUUUGGUAUUAAAUGGAAGCGCAUUAUAUUGGAUGAGGCUCAUACUAUCCGCAAUCACAAGUCUCAAACAUCAGUCGCAGUAUGUGCCCUACGUGGAACAUAUCGAUGGGCUUUAACAGGUACGCCUAUACAAAAUAAGGAAAUGGAUAUUUAUUCCCUGCUAAAGUUUAUGCGUUGCUCCCCUUUUGAUGAAUUAACUCAUUGGAGGAAAUGGAUCGACAAAAGCGCAGGUGGCCAACAGCGCUUAAACACCAUUAUGAACACUUUGAUGUUAAGACGCACCAAAACGCAAUUACAAGAGCUUGGCGAACUUAGUAAUUUACCUCAAAAACAUAUUGAACUAAUUGAAGUGGAAUUGGAUAAGGAUGAGAUGAAUGUAUAUCAGAAAAUCAUGGUUUACUCACGCCAUUUGUUUGCCCAAUUUUUAAAUCAAAGAGCUGAGCGCAACACCGAUCUCUUGUAUAGGGAGCAAAGUUCUCGUCCGACUUUUAUGCAAACAAAAAAUCCUAACGAUGCUUACUACAAAAUGCAUCAAAAAUUCACAAAACUACAUCGUAACCAAGAAGACAUCAAAUCUUAUGAAAUAUUGGUUUUACUCUUACGACUAAGACAAAUUUGUUGUCAUCCUGGUUUAAUAGAUUCUAUGUUAGAAGAUGACGAUGUCCCACACAUGGGUUCAGCAAGCGAAUCCACGCAAUCCGAACUUGAUCUGUUAGAACAAUUGAAUCAGUUAGUUAUUGAUGAUAAGGAUGUGACUCCUAAAGAAAUUUCGGACAAUAGUUCGAACAGUGAUGAGAGCACUUUGCUUGGCAACGAAAAAGUUAUAUCGAAAGCCUCUGCCAAAGUACUGCGACGGAGUAAUCCUGUUUUUGACUUGAGAAGACCAUCGUCGAAAAUGAGAAAAGUUCUUCAAACAAUAAAAGCUAAUGUACUAAAGACGAAUGAUAAGGCCAUUGUGGUGUCGCAGUGGACUAAUGUUUUGGAAAUACUAGGAACUCACCUUGCGCAAGCUGGUAUAUCCAUCCUCGCUUUAAAUGGCCGAAUACCUGUUAAGAAUCGCCAGGAUAUUGUCUCUGAAUUCAAUAACCCAUCAUCUAACAAACGCAUUUUACUACUUUCCCUUACAGCAGGUGGUGUAGGUUUGAAUUUGAUUGGUGCCAAUCACUUGCUGUUGUUCGACUUGCACUGGAACCCACAGCUAGAGGCACAAGCGCAGGAUCGCAUUUAUCGCGUGGGUCAGAAAAAAAAUGUCGUAAUUUAUAAAUUCAUGUGCAAAGACACGGUGGAGGAACGUAUCAAAGCUUUGCAAGAACACAAACUGGCAAUGGCCGACAGUAUAUUGACAGGUGCCAAGGCAUCUCAGAGCAGUAAAUUAACAUUAGAUGAUCUUAAAGGUCUAUUUGGAAUGUAAAUAUCGCUACUAAUGGUACAUAUGAUAAUUGCAUUCUUAUUAUGAAAUGCGUUUUCUUAUUCAAUAAAAGUAAAAUGCUUAAAUUUGUGGAAGCGUCAAAUUAGUUAACUUGUCCCAAAUAACAGAUAAGAAAUUAAUUACGACUUACGUAAAA